AUGGCUUGUUGUACACAUAUUGCCAUGUGUUCAAUCAGCAGAAACUACACAGAUAGGCUGUCACUACUGGAGUUCAAAAGGACAAUCAGUGAUCCAAAUGAAGCCUUAAUUUCUUGGAAUGACAGCACCAACUUCUGUAGCUGGGAAGGUGUCUUAUGCAGUGUCAAGCACCCACAUCGUGUCAGUUCUCUGAAUCUCACAAACAAAAAUUUGAUUGGGCAAAUAUCUCCAUCACUUGGAAACCUAACAUUCCUAAAAGUCCUAAUAUUGUCGGGGAAUUCAUUUUUUGGGGAGAUCCCUGAAUACCUUGGUCACCUUCAUCACCUCCAAAUUCUCAAACUGAAUGACAACACGCUACAGGGAGGGGUACCCAGCCUUGCAAAUUGUUCAAAACUCAAGGAGCUAUGGCUGAGUAAGAACAAACUUGCUGGACAGAUUCCUGCAGACUUGCCUAAUAGCCUCCAAAAGGUGAUUCUCGCUGCUAAUAAUCUUACUGGAACCAUCCCUGCUUCUUUUGCCAAUAUCACAAUGCUAAAGAAUUUUACUUGCAUGAAUAAUAAUAUCGAGGGAAACAUCCCAAAUGAGUUUGCAAGCCUAAGUGGGCUGCAACAGCUGCAGCUCGGCGACAAUAAGUUGUCAGGUGAUUUCCCACAGAUCGUUCUGAAUCUCUCUAAACUAGUUGUGUUUAGCGUUGCUUCCAACAGCCUAAGCGGAGAUUUACCAGCAAACCUCGGUCUCUCUCUGCCUAACCUGAAAUAUAUGUCUCUAGGCGGCAACUUCUUUCAUGGGCACAUUCCACCAUCAAUAUCAAAUGCUUCCGAGCUGAUCAUUCUUGAUAUGUCAAGGAAUAAGCUCACUGGGGUGAUUCCUAGCUCAAUCGGCAAACUUCAGAAGCUGUAUGCACUAAGUCUCGAGUUCAACAAACUCCAAGCAAGGAACAAGGAAGACUGGAAGUUUAUGGACAGCUUGGCUAAUUCCACUGAGCUACAAGUAUUCACAGUUCUGAGUAAUCAUCUCGAAGGCAAUGUGCCAAAUUCAUUAGCUAACCUUUCCAGCCAACUCCGGUUCCUGUACUUGUCGAAAAACCAACUGUCAGGAGAUUUUCCUUCUGGUGUAGCAAAGUUUCGUCAUCUGGUCAGUAUAGAAUUGGGUAUGAAUCGAUUUACAGGUGUGAUUCCAGAAUGGCUUGGAACCCUGAAAUACUUGCAGAGAUUAACAUUAGGUUACAACAUCUUUACAGGACCCAUUCCAGCAUCGCUUUCUAAUUUGUCCAAUUUAAAUGUACUCCAACUAGCAUCGAACCAGCUGGAUGGGCACAUACCCUCAAGCCUGGGAAACCUCCAAACACUUGAAAAGUUGGAUAUUUCCAACAAUAAUCUUCAUGGCACCAUGCCAAAGGAGCUCUUCAGAAUUCCAACCUUGCUGAAGAUUCUAUUAUAUUCCAACAACCUAGAUGGACCACUUCAUCCUGAUAUUGGCAAUGCCAAACAGCUCACAUAUUUGGAUAUUUCAUCAAACAGUCUGUCUGGAGAAAUCCCUAACACUUUGGGUAACUGUGAAAGUUUGGAAGAUAUCAAGAUGGACGAUAAUGCUUUCAGUGGAAGCAUACCCACUUCAUUAGGCAAUAUAAAUAAUCUACAAAUUCUCAACUUGUCUCACAACCACCUGGUUGGAUCAAUACCAGUGUCUUUUGGAAGCCUAAAAUUUCUUCAGCAACUAGAUUUGUCAUUCAACCAACUAGAGGGUGAGGUCCCAACAGCUGGAAUAUUCAGCAAUUUAACUUCACUGUGGAUUGAUGGAAACAUAGGCCUCUGUGGAGGGGAACUGGCCAUGCACCUACGCCCGUGUCCUGCAAUGCAAUUGAAUUCAGCAAAGCACAAGCAUUUUAUUGUUCUGAAAGUCUUGAUCCCAUUAACCAGCAUUGCAUCACUUGUGAUAGUCAUAUCUGUAAUGUUGUUCUGGAGAGGAAAACGAAAGAAAGAAAAUGUACCUUUGCCCUCAUUUGAUAGAAAGUUCCCCAAAGUUUCUUACAAUGAUCUUGCAAGAUCAACAGAGGGGUUCUCCACAUCCAAAUUAAUUGGCAAAGGAAGAUAUUCUUCUGUAUACCAAGGAAGUUUGUUUGAAGACAGAAUCGUUGUUGCUGUCAAAGUUUUCAGCCUAGAGAUAAAAGGAGCACAAAAGAGCUUCAUUGCAGAAUGUAAUGCUUUAAGAAAUGUACGGCAUCGCAAUCUAGUCCCUAUCCUAACUGCAUGCUCGAGUAUUGAUUCAAAGGGAAAUGAUUUCAAAGCUUUAGUUUAUAAGUUCAUGCCACAAGGUGAUUUGCAUACUUUGUUGCACUCGGUUCCUGGUGAUGGGAGCACUUCAACUCUGAGCCACAUUACAUUGGCUCAAAGGUUAAGCAUUGUAGUGGAUAUCGCAGAUGCAAUGGAAUACCUCCAUCAUAACAACCAAGGAACUAUUGUUCAUUGUGAUCUGAAGCCUAGCAACAUUCUUUUGGAUGACAAUAUGAUAGCACAUGUUGGAGACUUUGGUCUUGCAAUGUUUAAAGUUGAUUCUGCAGUGUCAUCUUUUGGUGAUUCACUUUCGGCUUCUUCAAUGGUUAUAAAGGGAACAAUUGGCUACGUUGCUCCAGAAUGUGCAGGAGGUGGUCAGGUUUCAACUUCCUCGGAUGUCUACAGCUUCGGAGUGGUUCUCCUAGAGAUAUUCAUCCGGAGGCGGCCAACAGACGACAUGUUCAAGGAUGGGAUGAGCAUUGUAAAGUUUGCAGAGAUCAACGUCCCUGACAACGUGUUGCAGAUUGUUGUCCCACAGCUGCUGCAAGGACUGCACCUCAGCAUGGAGACGCCAAUGGCCAUCAGGGACAGGGACAGUGAAGCUCAGAUCUUGCGGUCUGUAAUCAACAUUGGACUCUCCUGCACCAAGACGUCCCCCAACGAGCGCAUCAGCAUGCAGGAAGUGGCUGCCAAGCUGCAUGGGAUCAGGGAUGCAUAUCUUAGCCGAAACUUAUGGAUGAGCUAA